AUGACGAGAGUAAUACCAGAACCACAAGAGAAAAUUUCCCAAAAGUACACGUUGAAUAAUAACUCUUCCGACAAACUACCUUCGGGGUCUGAUAUUAAUAAUGAAGAGUCAAAAUUCUCAAAACCCAAAGUGUCCAUCUCGGAGCAAUUAGAAAGGCUUCCCAUUUCCUUAAAAUUAAUUCUCAUUGUUAUAUUCACCUUCCUCUCUCUCGUCGUCUUUGCUUGUAUUUUGAUUUCCAAUUCAGUGGUUGAACUCCAAUCCUCAAUGCUCAUUUCGAAUAUUUCGGUCAUGACGAACCUCCUCAAUAAUUUGAUACAUUGUAGUCAGAGCGAGAGAGGAGCUUCUCAAUUAUAUUUAGGAGCUAAUGGAACUCAACAUUAUGAAAUCAUGAUGGAAAAACGAUCCGAUACGAACGUCGCUUUGGAGGAAUUCUUGUCAAAGAGAAGACAAAUUUUGAAUACGUUACAAACCAAUUCUUUAGCUUUUUCACAAAUAUUGAGCGCAUUACAAGUGGUGGAUGAGUACAUUGCAGAUCUACCUUAUUGGAGAGAACGAAUUUUAAAGUUGCAUCUUGCGCAGCAACCCAUUCUUGCGUUUAACUUCUUUACGGACUGGAAUUCGUAUAUGAUUGACAGUAUCAUGCUGAUAGCAGGACUGAGCUCGGAUUCCACCUUUUUCACCAUUCAGUCUUCGUUCAAUACGCUUACGUCCAUGAAGGAAUUUACAGGUCAAAAAAGAGCAUUAGGAAGCGCUGCAUUGACGUCUCAUGCCAUGCCAGCUGAGAAUUUCAAACUAUUUGUUCAAAACCAAGCAAAAAUCUCUCAAUAUCAACACUACUUGCAAGUCAAAGACGUUGCGUUCAUUUGGGACACGUUCACCAAAACUGUUCUGCGCUCUCAAUCGUAUUCCGUGAGUUUGGAAAUUGAGGACUAUCUUGUCUCCAACUAUGGUAGUCAAAAUCUCACUAAAUACUCUGGAUCUGUAUGGUUUGGAAACAUGACACUUCACAUCAACAACAUGAGACAGGUUGAAUUAUAUAUUAGCAAAAUUUCACAACAAUAUUCUUCACAGCUGUAUCAACGAUCGAUAGGUGUCAUGCUUGCCUAUAUUGUCAGUUCUGUCAUAGCCAUUGGACUUUCAGUUUUCACUUCCAUUAUAUUUGCGAGAUCCAUUGCCUCUCCAUACCAAAAAAUUGUGGAACUUCAAAACCUUCAAGAAUUAUACAAGAGUUUCAUUCCAGCUCACGUACUACUUCAAAUAGAAGGUAGAGAAGCUCAUGCUGAAGAGGGAAACACACCCGAGCCAACAGAAAUGCGAGAAUCUGUUCGAAAUUCAAAACAAAUAAGAAAAUCAGCGGAUUCCCUCAGUUCCUAUCACUUCCUUAACAGUAGAAAAAUCUCUUCGAAUCAUGGAAAAUUCGAUCUUGCCUCCAAGUUUUCCUUAUAUCUCGAAAAGAAGAAGAUCUCCAUGGUACAAGUUCGAAUACAAGGAUUGAGCUCAAUGAUGAAUGAUUCACAACCUUCUGACAUUGUUAACUUAUUGCAAGACAUUUUUGAAAAGAUUCAGCAGUCCACACGAUCGACGAGUAGUUUAAUGGAACACACUGAAGACGAAUGCAUCACAAUCGCCUUUAACGCUUCCAAAGAGCAACUCCAUCAUGAAGACCGAUCUCUCAAAAUGUGCCUCGAUUUAAGGAAGAAAUUAACAGAAAUACAAAGUACCAAAUGGACCACUAAUAUUCAACAGUCACCAUGUUUGGCACGAGCAGCCACAACUAUUGUAUUUCGAUUUGCAGCACUAUCUCGAAUGAGUUUUUGUGGAAAUAUUGGUACCACAGAAGUUCGGUCGUUCAAAAUCAUGGGCAGUAUUCAUGAUCAUCUCACACGAAUGACUGAUUAUGGUUCUCAAAUGCAAGUCGGUGUGGUAUGUGACGAAAGUGUGUACAAGAAUGCCUUACGACUCUUCCAUACGAGAUUCAUUGGGUAUGUCGAAUGUUUGGAAGAUGAUCAGAGUACGGUCUCGCAUGAGAUUUAUGAAAUUGGAGCCUCUCUGCAAGUGAAUCAGGACGAGUGGUUGUAUGAGCUCUCUCAAAAACAAAAGAAUGAAAGAUGGCAAGAGUAUAACGCUGCUGCACAGCAUUAUGUUUCCAACAAUUUUGAAUUAGCCUUAAUGGCCUUCCAGGAAUAUGCAACCAAGUAUCCAGAGGAUCUUCCAACCAAGUACAUGUUAGAAUUGUGUAAUCUAUGUUUGAGUAGGAACGAACAACUGAAUAACAGAGAAUUAUAG